UGCAGCCAACCUUUUGCACGUCGCUGUCCCUGCCGCUGGGCGUGUCCCGAUUUCUUUUUUAUUUACAUUCAUCUCGUUUCUCAUCAACAAAAGCGAGGAAGGGCCAUCACGAAAGAUGAGUCCGACCAUUAUAAACUACGCCGAGGAAUAUUUCCACACACUUAGUCCGCUGGCCAAAAGGAUCGUCGAGGAAAUUUGCCACACCAGAGAGGCCUACGAAGCCCUGUGGGACGGCCUCAGCGUCCCCGAACAGCGGCAGAUCCUUGACGAGGCCAUCAUUAAGCCGGAGGCCAUCCUUAAGUACAGCAGAUCGGCGGCCAACAAAGUGACCGAAGUUGAAGUCUACCCGUGUAUCAGGAUCCAGACCGGCACUAAAUACGUCCAUUACGAUGACGGGACAAAUAGCAAAGUUGUUAAGUGGCGCGACGAACACUCUGCACCCUUUUCCUGGAUGACCAGGAGCCAGCAGGAUCUGCGUAUUUUUGGCACAGAUGAUCCUCAACCUACACCCACACACAAAAAAUCCAAGAGUGCCACUCCAGUAAGAAAGGCCAAAGCGCCACAGCCACCAGUCAGCAAUGAGAAUCACAUGGACCCCCCAAGUCUGGUGCUUGGUGGAUCCAGCGCUCAGCUCAUCGAGGAGGACGAGAAUCUCAGCCCGUCCAAGAAAACCAUCCUGAACAGACUCAUCAGCAAGACUGGGGUCUUCAAACUACCUUUCCCAGGGAAAAUCAAUGCAAAUAAUAACGGCCAAGAGGUUGAAAGUGAAAAUUUGCUCACUCCUAGACAAGUGAAUGCCAAAAUUGUGAAGCCUUCGGUUCUUAAACCUAAGCUGCCUCCUCCACCACCACCCUCUAUCAAGAAAGUAAUGCCAGAAUUGGACGAAGGGCAAACAACUCCAGUAGAGACAAUUUCAACGGAACCAACGACCGAAGAUGAAUUUUCAGACGCUCGAAGUGAAUGGAGGGAUGAAACAGAUGGGGACACUACUCUACUUACACCAGGCAGUCCAACUCUUGGCGAUUUUGAAAAUGCCAAUUCAAUUGAUGGUAUUCCUAAAACUGGGCUUGACUUCUUAGACAACUGGUAAACCAAAGUAAGAGUUCUCACAAGGAUAAUUUUUCCCAGAAAUCUGCAUUUUUGUCUAUUUAUUUGAUUUAUCCAUAAUAAUUUAAAUUAAAUUUUUUAUAAAUUACUCCUCUUUUAGUGCUCAUUUAGCAGCUCUAUAUUUUGCUCUCUGUUGAUUGCAUUUACCUACUUUUUUUGCCUACUUCAUAUUUGAAAAAUUUAUUUUUGUUUCAAACCUUUAAAAAAUACUACUGUUAAUGUGUGCAUAUCUAUGUAUAGAUGUAUUGUAAAUGCAAGAAUUGUCUCUCAGGACCAAAACUGUUCACGGAAUUAGCACUAAAAUAUUGGUCAGAUCAUACGUAACAAUAUUUUAACGAAAGUCAAUUUUAGAGAUAUGGUUGUCCAAUAAUGAGCUUGAUAAAUAAUUCUGAAGUAACUAGCUGCUCAAUUGGUAUCUCUUUAUCAUUCAAAGGUGUAUGCAUUAUGAAAAAUCAUAAAUCAAGUAAAAAUAAUUUUUUAAAAUAAGCCUAAAUUACAUACACUUAUUGCAUAUCUAAUACUGGAUCAGUGCAGCUCAUUUUUUUAAUCGUGACAAAUUCUGUGCCUUUUUCGUGUCAAGUAACAUGCCUUAAUUUAUUAGACUGAAUCAUUUCUUGCUAUUUCUCAACUUGCUACUAUUGUCAGUCUGCUAGCUAUCCAAUCAGUCUCUGUUCAUUUUGUACUUUUACUAAAAAAAAUUGUAAACCAAGAUAAUAUCAACAAACAACAAUAAACAAUCAGUGUUCAAAAUAAUGAAGAUAUUCAUUUAAACUUUUACUCUCUUGUCUUAAGAAAAUAAAAUACAGUUGUGUGGGUAAUUGUACAGUAAAAAUGCAU